UCUUCCGGAUAAGAGAGAUAAGAGAGAUAAGAGAAAGAGAGAAAGAGAGGGAGAGUGAGCAUGAAAAUGGCGACUACUCUGCAACUGACGACGGACUUCUCCAAACCAAUAAUUGUGGUGAAACCCUCUCUUGAAUUCGCAAGCACUCCUCGUCAUUGCCGAACCUCUCUAUCUCUACCUCGCUUCAAUAAUAUUGUUAGAGCUUCCUCUUCCUCUUCUGAUUCUUCGCUGGUGAGUCGCAGACAUUUUGUUUCCGAGACUGCCGCGCUGUCUCUGACCCUCACUACUCUGCCGUUGUUUGGAUCCGUACAACCGGCCAAGUCGGAAGAGUCCGCCCUUUCCGAGUGGGAGAAAGUGUCCCUUCCUAUCGACCCCGGCGUCGUCCUUCUCGACAUUGCUUUUGUGCCCGAGGACCCUAAGCACGGUUUUCUUUUGGGGACCAGGCAAACCAUUUUAGAGACAAAGGAUGGUGGAGACACUUGGGUUCCACGUUCAAUUCCGUCAGCUGAAGACGAAGAUUUCAACUACAGAUUCAAUUCCAUUAGCUUCAAAGGGAAGGAGGGUUGGAUUGUUGGAAAACCUGCAAUUUUGUUGCACACGUCUGAUUCUGGAAACAGCUGGGAAAGGAUACCGCUAAGCUCUCAGCUUCCUGGAGAUAUGGUUUAUAUAAAGGCAACUGGUGAGAAGAGUGCAGAGAUGGUGACUGACGAAGGUGCAAUUUAUAUUACAUCAAAUAGAGGCUACAACUGGAAGGCUGCUGUUCAGGAGACUGUUUCAGCUACUCUUAAUAGAACAGUUUCUAGUGGCAUUAGCGGUGCAAGUUACUACACGGGAUAUGCACAAAGCACUCGUGUUAACUGUGAUUCCUUGCCUAUAAUUUUUCAGCCAUUCUGGCAGCCACAUAACAGAACGAUUGCGAGAAGAAUUCAAAACAUGGGUUGGAGAGCUGACGGUGGUCUUUGGCUUCUUGUUCGUGGAGGAGGACUUUAUCUGAGUAAAGGUACAGGGUUAACAGAGGAGUUUGAAGAAGUUCCAGUCCAAAGCCGGGGUUUUGGCAUUCUUGAUGUUGGGUACCGAUCAAAGGAUGAAGCUUGGGCAGCUGGGGGGAGUGGGAUUUUGUUGCGAACUACCAAUGGUGGCAAGACAUGGACCCGUGACAAAGCAGCUGACAACAUUGCAGCAAAUCUAUACUCUGUAAAGUUUAUCGAUGACACUACAGGAUUUGUGCUGGGAAACGAUGGCGUCUUGCUUCGGUAUCUUGGAUGAAGUUGUAGACUUGUAAUUUACACGCGGUUGAUCAACGGUGCUUGCAAUUUUGUACUGCCUGCUGAUAUACAUAUAUGAUCAAGUAUCAAAAGCUGUGAAGAGGGGGUCAAAGUGUUAAUUUUGCUGUAAUUAAUACAAAUAUGAAUUACCAUUCGACAACAAAUAUUAUGUCUAUAGAAAUGGUGGUUCUUCCUUCGGGGUCAAUGACUCAAUGUCAUGCUUUAGAUGUGAAAUUUGUUUGUCACCAGCAU